GGCCCCGGCCCCGGCUGACUGGAGCUCCGAAGGCUGGGGCGAUGACGACCUGGAGGAUUUUGAGACAAAGGGAACGAAAAGACUCCGCGCCUCGCUGCCGGGUUCUGACGUGCACAUGGCAGAACCAGAACCUGAGGCCACCUCUCCCUCAGCCGGGGGGAAAACGCCCGCACAUCCUGCACAGCAGUCCUCCAAAAAGCGGCUCAAGAGGCCGAAAAUUUACUUUGGAACAAGAACGCACAGGCAGAUAGCGCAAAUUACGCAGGAACUGCGGCGAACAAGCUACAAGCACGUCAGGAUGACUGUACUGGCCAGCCGAGAGCACGCCUGCAUCCACCCGAUAGUGUCGCGCUCCGCCAACAAGAACGACGGCUGCCGAGAGCUCCGUGACCGGUACAACCAGGAGGGCUGCGGCUUCUUCUCGGGCGCCAGCCAGCGGCUGCACCAUCCCGAUCAGCUGGCGGCCUUGGGCCUGGAGGAGGCGUGGCCGCUGGAGGAGCUGGUCGCCGUCGGCCGCCGUAUCCGUGCCUGCCCUUACUACGGCGCGCGCAACCUGAAGGAGGCCGCCGACAUUGUGUUCUGCCCUUAUAACUACCUGGUGGAGCCAGGCAUCCGCGAGUCGCUGGAGAUCAACCUGCAGAACCAGGUGCUGAUACUAGACGAGGCGCACAACAUCGAGGACAGCUCGCGGGAGGCGGCCAGCCAGACGUUCCAGCAGGCGCACAUCCAGGACGCCAUCAGGGACCUGGAAAAGUGCGGCAGCGGCGGCCGCAAGACGCAGGCCGAGUGUCGGGACAUGGCACGCAAUGCUGUCACACAUCAGCCAGGUGGAUGGAUCGACACUCAGACAAGCUGGACCAGUACCCGCGAGUUCGACCGGUCGUCCAAGAUCCUGACAGGCACCGACAUGGUGGCGCACUUCACCAGCAUGGGCAUCGGAUACGACGCGUUCCCCGAGCUCACCGCGACGACUUUCCGGAUCGCGCUGGUCCGCUCCAUGGCGCGUCAGCAGACGCCGAGCGCGCAGGGUGGCUGGCAGUCGGCCCGGCCGCGCGCCGCCCAGCCGGCCUGGGCGCUGGCUUUGCACUUCUGGUGCCUGAACCCGGCGGUGGUGUUCGCGCCGAUCGGCCAGGCGGCGCACAGUGUCAUCGUGGCGUCAGGCACGCUCUCGCCGCUCAGCUCGUUCGAGUCCGAGCUGGGCGUGCCGUUCCGGGUCAAGCUGGAGGCCAGCCACGUCAUCGCGCCCGAGCAGGUGUACGUGGCAGCCAUCAGCCACGGGCCGCAGGGCGGCUCGAUGAACGCCACGUACCGAAGCUCGGAGCAGUUCAGCUUCCAGGACGAGCUGGGCGGGCUGGUGCUCGGCGUGUGCGCCGCUAUCCCCAACGGCGUGCUCUGCUUCUUCCCCUCGUACUCCAUGCUCGACAAGCUGGCCAGGAGAUGGCGCGCGACAGGGCUGUGGGAGCGGCUGGAGGCGCGCAAGCCGGUGCUGUGCGAGCCGCGACGCUCUGGCGAUUUCAGUGAGAUGAUGCGCGAGUUCCGGCACCUGGUGGACGGCGACGAGGCCGGCGCCCUGCUGCUCGCCGUCUGCCGCGGCAAACUCAGCGAGGGCAUCGACUUCUCCGACGAUAGCGCGCGCGCCGUCAUCACAGUGGGCAUCCCGUACCCGAACGUGAAGGACAUCCAGGUGGACCUGAAGAAGCUGUACAACACGGCGCACGCCUCAAGCCGCGGCCUGCUCAGCGGUCACGAGUGGUACGGCAUCCAGGCCUACAGGGCGCUGAACCAGGCGCUGGGCCGCUGCAUCCGGCACCGGUACGACUGGGGCGCCAUCUUGCUGGUGGACGACCGGUUCGGGCGGCCCUUCGCCGCCGACAUGAAGCUCUGGUCCGAGGAGCAGCGCCGCCAGCGCCAAGCCGAGUGCGUGACGGCGGACCCGGCGCCGGGCCUGGGCCGGUUGGCUCGGAACGCGUGUCGGAUAUGA